GUCUCAUCACUCCACACCGUCGACCUCUCGACAUAUCAUUCCUCGAGCAACAGACUCCUCUACCACUCAUCGAACUAUCAUCGUAACGCAUCAUGUCCGAGACACGCAACAUUGUCGUCCUGGGCGUGGCAUGGGCAGGACUGGGGACGGCUCACCACAUUUGCAAGCAUCUGCUCCCUCAACUGCAAAAGUCUGGCACGGGCAAAUAUGUCCUACACCUCGUGGACCCUUCGACUCAUUUCUGGUGGCACAUUGCCGCUCCCCGACAAAUCUGCUCGGUCGACGAGCUCACCAUCGAGAAGAGUUUCGUGCCGAUCAAAGAUGGAUUCAAGCAGUACGGAAGUCUGCAAGAUUCCAUCGUCUUCCACCAGGCCACUGCAUCUGGCCUCGACACUCAAGCCCGCACCGUUUCGCUCGCGACACCAAAUGGCAGCACGGAAUCUCUCGCGUACUGGGCUCUCAUCAUCGCUACGGGAGUUCGCACGCCCACUCCUCUGACGGGUUUCGUGGGUUCGCACGAAGUCUCGGAGCAAGCACUGCGGGAGAUGAAUGUGAAACUGAAAACUGCCAAGGACAUUGUCGUGGCGGGCGGAGGACCCGUCGGCGUGGAGACUGCUGGAGAAAUCGGAGCAUUUUUGGGCAGCAAAGCCAAAGUGACAUUAAUCACCUCUGCAGCGAAACUGCUUCCUGUCUUCAACGACACACGCGCCAAAAAAGCCGAAUCUUUGCUCAAGAAGGUCGGCGUGGAUGUUGUGUACAACACCAAAGUCACCGCUUCGAAUGAUGUCGGCAAUGGCAAAACGGAAAUCGUCCUCAGUGAUGGCAAAUCUCGCACUGUGGAUGUCUACAUUCCUGCAUAUGGUGUGCAACCCAACACGGAGUGGUUGCCCGCAGAUCUCAAGAACAGCAAUGGAUACGUGAACACGAACUCGAGCACCCUGCGCGUCGACAAGGCGGGAGCACGUGUAUACGCUGCUGGUGAUGUCUCUGGCGUGGAUACAGGCGGUGUUUUGAACAUGUACACUUCUCUCCCAGUCUUGUGCGCCAACCUCGAUCACGAUUUGCUUGCCGAAGCCAAGACCGGCAGUGUCGUCGCCGAGAAGACGUAUCGCUUUCAGAAAAAAGAAACGCAAUUUGUUCCCAUUGGACCCAAAACUGGUGUGGCGGCUUUCAAUGGCUGGUCGGUACCGGGCUUCGUAGUCGCUUUCGCCAAGGGGAAAGACUACAUGGUGGGCCAAAUGGGUGGUUUCACCGAGGGCAAGAAGUUUUAAGAGAGAGAGAGAGAGGAGAUUUUUUUUUCCAUGGCUGCACUCUUUCUCUUUUUUUUUUGGUUUUUCUAUAGCUGGCAGUUUUUGCUUUGGAAAGUUUAUUACUGAUACCCCAUAUAAUAAUAUAGAGCAAGGCUAUGAUAUGAUAAUCAUUUGAGUGAAUCUAAUUAUUUAGUGGAG